AUGGAUUCAAGUGCACUUGGACGACUGGAUCAGCGUGUAGAGCAACUCCUUUCAUCUAUGCAACAAACGACCAAUGAUUUGAGAGACAUGCGGGCGUCGCUGUUGCACCGGAGCAGGAUCCUCUAUGACAUGGUUGAUACGCUUGAAAGCAUGAGAGAUUCAACACAAUCGGAUGACCAGCCUGCGAGGACGAGUGACAAUGGUAAUACAUAA